AUGGGCCUGCUGACGAUCAUCAGGAAGCAAAAAAUCAGGGACAAAGAAGUGCGAUGUCUUGUUUUGGGGCUGGACAAUGCAGGCAAAAGCAGCGUGGUCGAUUGGGUCCUGUGGUCAUGCACGGGCAAAAUACGAAGCGAGGUCACACCAACUAUUGGGUUCCGUAUCCACACCGUCCCCUUCGCUGCGCGAAACGUACAAUUGUGGGAUAUUGGUGGCCAGUCGACGCUGCGGCCUUACUGGGAUAACUAUUUCGACAAGACCGACGUUUUGCUGUGGGUCAUCGACGCAACGGCGCCCCGAAGAGUCGACGAGUCCAUCGCAGAGCUCACAAAUCUGCUCAGAGAUCGUGACAGAAUCGGCUACAAUUGUCGGAUCAUUGUCCUCUUGAACAAGGUGGAUUUGGUAUCCGACGCGGCGGACCUCGCAGCGAGCCUGGAACAGCAGCUGCAAGACAUGCUGCGGCUUAGCAACAUUCCUCUAUCGAUGCGCCCAACUAGUACCGUCACGGGACAGGGCCUCGAGGGCCUGAUGCCCGAGGUAGUGGCCGAUGCGCUGGCGGUCCCAGAGCCACGUGAUCAUCACGCAACCACUGCAACUGCCUCUUCCACAUAA